AUGCGCUUCUUGAAUUCUUUCGUUCCUUCCCUCCUCCUGUUAGCUGCUGGUGCAGCUCAGGCCGCAUCAUCAUGGGGAUUUGACGAGGGAUCCAUCACUGUCGGCGCAAAGAAGUCCGAUGCAGCUGUCAAGGAGAAGUUCUCUGAGAAGAACCCUCUAACGACACCGGUCACUUUGGGUGCUUCCGACACAUUGAAGAUUGUCAUCACGGCCAAGGAGAACGGAAAGGGCAAGCGCCCUCACCAGGCUUUCCUCGUCCUGCAAGAGUCCGAGACUGGCCUCGAGGCCCCGUUCCCUCUCACUACCAAGGAGAAUGGCAAGGCGACUGUUGAUCUUAAGCAAUCCGAGCUCCCCAUCCAGCUCCUGACCUCGUCUAAGCCCCUCAAGGCAUCUCUCGUCCUGGCAUCCUUUGGCACCUCUGAAGGCUACAACAAGCCCGUCUUUGAUGUCGAGAUCAAGCUCGACCCCAAUGCGACACCUCCGACAUACGAGAAGCCCAUGCGCUACGGCAAGCUGGAGGAGAUCACCCACAUUUUCCGAGCUGAUCCCCAGAGCCCUCCCAAGGUCAUCUCCUUGGUCUUCUCACUGGCCGUCCUUGCCACUAUCCCAGCUCUGUUCCUUGGUUGGGCUAUCCUCGGUGGCAACGUUACUCACCUACAGAAGGCGUUUUCGACUGCUCCCGUCUCUCAUGGCGUCUUCUUCGGCUCCAUUAUUGCCAUGGAGCUUGUCUUCUACCUCUACUAUGUCAGCUGGAACUUGUUUCAGACUUUGCCCGUCAUUGGACUGGUCAGCGUUGUCACUUUCCUAAGCGGAACCAAGGCUCUGGGCGAGGUCCAGAGCCGACGCCUGGCUGGCGAGAGAUAG